GUGUUCCGGGGACGCCUCCCGGCUCCGCCACCUCCCCGCCGGGGCUGCCGCGAGCCCGGCUGCCCUCCUGAGCGGCGCCCCGUGUGUCGUGUGCGCAGGCAGUACGUGCGGGACGCCGUCGUGGGCAGCAUGGGGCUGAAGCCGACGGGCAGGCUGUGCAGCGUCACCAAAGCCCGAGGGCUGCGGGCCUGCAGAGGGAAGCUACGAGACACUAUUCUGGACUGGGAGGAUUCCCUUCCCGACCGUGACCUCACGCUGGCGGACGAAGCCUGCAGGAAAGCUGAUCUCUCCGUCACGCUGGGGACCUCUCUGCAGAUCAAACCCAGUGGCAACCUCCCGCUGAUCACGAAGAAGAGAGGGGGGAAGCUCGUCAUAGUCAACCUGCAAGCAACCAAGCAUGACAAACAGGCCGACCUGCGCAUCCACGCCUACGUCGACGAUGUCAUGACCAAGCUGAUGAAGCACCUGGGGCUCGAAGUCCCGGAGUGGACGGGGCCGGUGGUGGUGGAGAGCGCCGAGCCCGCCGAGCCCCAGCAGCUCUUCAAAUUCGAGCCCGAGGCUCGCGGGCUGCUCAAGGAGGAAUCCUUUGCCCGCUGCAACGGCACGGCCGGGCUGUGCCCCGACCUCGGGACCACGCUGGUGGAGCACGGUGACAGUCUGAAGCAGGAGUGUCCCAGCCCGGACACGGGGCCGCCGACGACAAAGAAGAUGAAGGUGGAGCCUCUCCUCACCUGACCCGGACUGUUCCCCGGCUGUCUGGACGCUCGUCCGUGCCACUUUUCCUACCGACUUUUUUUUUUUUAUAUCCUCCAACAUUGUCCCUUUUUUAUGUAAGUAUUAAAUACACUCGAAUUGUGUGUGUCUGG